GUUUUGAGCAAAUUAUUAAACAUUUUACAUUAUGUGACUGAUUUUUCUUUUUAAACAAAAAAGAGAAAAGGUAAAUAAACACAGUGAAGAAAGAACGAGAGAGGAAGGUAAAGUAAAGAAGUUGUUUUGCUUUACCUUUGGGUUGUGUGUGAGUGGUUCUUUCAUCUCUCAGAGUCUUCUAACGAACGAACGCUAAUCAUCACCGCCAUAAUCGAUUUUUAUCUCUCCGAAACCGACGUGGUUCAUUCAUUCCCAAGCUCUCACCCUAAUUUUUUCAGUACGAAAACAAUGGUUUGAGUUUCUGGAGAUGGUGAAAUUCGCAGGUUAUUUGGUUCAUCGCUUCCUGUUAUUUAUUAUCUGGUUAUCAAGCUUCCAAGAUGUAGCUGCUCACUACAAGGUUAAUAAGCAUAGUAGCAAGUCCACAACCUCUGAGUUAGCAAAUCCACCCGGUAUUGGAGUAUCCGGUCCCAUUCAAGUAUCACCAUCCGUCAUCCCCAAAUAUGAAUCCCCUCCUUUACCCUGGACACCACCAAUGUACCCUACUUUCCCUGAUACAUAUGAACCGAAGUUAACCGGAAAAUGUCCCACAGACUUUCAAUCAAUCUCAAGUAUCAUAGAUACAGCAGCAUCUGAUUGUUCACAGCCUUUUGCUGCACUUGUUGGAAACGUGAUAUGCUGUCCACAGUUUGUUAGCUUACUCCAUAUUUUCCAAGGACAACACAACCUAAAGUCAGAUAAGUUGGUUCUGCCUGAGGCGGUUGCCACAGAUUGUUUUUCAGAUAUCGUUAGUAUCCUUGUCAGCAAAAGAGCCAACAUGACAAUACCCGCACUCUGUUCUGUAACGUCUUCGAAUCUCACUGGAAGUUCUUGUUCUGUACAAGAUGUCACAACGUUUGAGAAAGUUGUUAACAGUAGUAAAUUACUGGAUGCGUGUCGCACUGUUGACCCUCUUAAGGAGUGUUGCAGGCCAAUUUGCCAAGGUGCGGUUAUGGAAGCUGCGCUUGUCAUGGUUGGUGAUAAGAUCCCUUUAGGGGGAUCAAACAACGUCAACGCACUUAAUGACUGCAAGAAUGUGGUGUUUUCGUAUAUCUCCAGGAAGCUUCCGGCAGACAAAGCAAACACAGCGUUUAGAAUAUUAUCGUCUUGCAAAGUUAACAAAGCUUGCCCCUUGGAGAUGAAGGAGCCAAGUGAAGUGGUCAAGGCUUGCCGUAAUGUGGCUGCUCCAAGCCCUUCUUGCUGUAGCUCGUUGAAUGCAUACAUUUCUGGGAUACGAAACCAAAUGCUGAUAACAAACAAGCAGGCGAUAGUGUGCGCAACAGUGUUCGGUUCUAUGCUACGGAAAGGUGGUGUUAUGACAGAUAUCUAUAAGCUUUGUGAUGUCGAUCUCAAAGAUUUCAGUGUCCAAGCAUAUGGAAUGCAACAAGGUUGUCUUCUCAGAAGCUAUCCAGCAGACUUGAUAUUUGACAACACAACAGGGUACAGUUUCACAUGUGAUCUGACGGAUAAUAUUGCUGCACCAUGGCCAUCUUCAUCGUCAAUGUCUUCUUUGUCUCUUUGUGCUCCUGAGAUGUCAUUACCUGCCUUGCCAACAUCGCAGCAGACCCAUAAAAAUCACGGGUUUCACGAUGACGCGUUUGGAGCGUUGCGUCUCAUAAUCAUUGUGUUCUCUGUGGUGUAUGUAUGGUGUUGUGAGACAUCAAAAUGAGAUUUAGGAGGUUCUUUUUUGUAGUUAGUGAGGACUUUGGAUAAAAACAGUGGCAAGCUCAUUUUGUAUUUUCUUCUGUAUAUGUUUGUUGUUAACAGGGUAAGGGGUGAUGUAGUAAUAUAUCUUCGUAGUCUCUCUCUCAUGUAUAUCAUUCUUCUUCUCCCCAUGUUCAGUUCUUUUUAGUUUUGCGUUCGGUCACUCAUUUGACUGUAACAUAUGAAUUGAUUAACUGAGGUCAACAAGAUUACAGUGUCCGAAGCCACUUAAAGCUUCGGCAAAUUAUGAAGACC